AGAAAAAAGCGAGAGAGAGAGAGACAUGGAUCUAGACUGGCUAGCAACUUUUCUCAAGGACUACGAAUGGCUAAUCACGUAUCUCCAGACCAUGGUGAAGCCCGCGGCGGCGCUCGCCGUCGUGCUUCUAGCCGUGGCUCUCUCCUACUCACAGAAACUCUCUUUAGAAGGAGAAAUGAUUUACUCUGUUUUCCGUUCCUUUCUUCAGCUCUCUGUUAUAGGAUUCGUUCUUCAGUUCAUCUUUAACCAAGAAAACGCAGGCUGGAUCAUCCUAGCUUAUCUUUUCAUGGUCUUUGUAGCUGGUUACACCGCCGGACAACGUGCCAAGCACGUGCCACAUGGAAAGUACGUGGCGGGAGUAUCUAUCCUUGUGGGAACAGGUAUAACAAUGUUCUUGCUCGUGCUGCUUAACGUCUUUCCUUUCACUCCGAGGUAUAUGAUCCCUGUGGCGGGGAUGAUGGUCGGAAACGCUAUGACGGUCACCGGAGUUACAAUGAAACAGCUACGAGAUGACAUCAAGAUGCAACUUAGCCUGGUGGAGACGGCUUUGGCACUAGGAGCAACACCACGACAAGCGACGCUGCAACAGGUGAAGAGAGCUUUGGUGACAUCUCUAUCUCCAGUUUUGGAUAGCUGCAAAACCGUUGGUUUGAUCUCUCUACCGGGAGCAAUGACCGGUAUGAUAAUGGGCGGUGCGUCGCCUCUUGAAGCUAUUCAGCUACAGAUAGUUGUGAUGAACAUGAUUGUUGGAGCAGCCACGGUUAGUAGCAUCAUGUGUACGUAUCUUUGUUGGCCAUCUUUCUUCACUAAAGCUUACCAGUUACAAACUCAUGUCUUCUCAAGUUGA